CAAAUCUGAAGUAUGGGCAAUGGAAGUGUGAUAGAUUUUUGCCACGGCCCAUCAGUUGCUUGAGCCUUUGUCACUGGGCUGUCUCCAUAAGAGGCUCACCAUCCCCUUCCACCACACCCGUCCGCCUAUCGUGUAGAAACCAUUCAGCUCUCGGUCGCUUCCCAUAUCAUCCUCGUUGUGGAAUACUCUGGGCGAUCGCCUGUCCAUCACAUGAAUUGAAGCUCAAACGAAACAAAAGCCACCGGUCUGACUCAGGGCAUGCGCUGGCGGCACAAAUCAAAUCUCCCCACUGAUGACACGGGAAUCUCGAGGUCCGGAGCGGAGUGUCUCCUGGUGGAGCGCUAAUUCUCGGUUUCCAGUUUGGUGGGCAACAGAGUGGAUCCUUUCGAGGGUCUUUUCGGUGAGUAUUUCAUCUGCGCACCAGAUAACUCUCUGUGACUCUCCACAUCGCUCAGAGUCGUCACUAUUUCACAAGCUUACUCGCGCGUGCCCUAGGACAUGCUCACCUCGUGGUGUUACUGCGACCGGAUGACCAUUUGUGGGACGGGCAUUAACAGCGUGAAUGCAGCUUAGGCUCACGAACGUGAUACGCGCCUCAUUCAGUUGUUGGGCUGAGGAAGACAAUGGCGCGAUGAGUCCUCAAGCUUCAAGGCUCCGACCUGGGGCACUCAUGAAUUGGCGUUGUAAUAUUGAGGAUUCAGCGACAUCCAACGAGUCGCGCCGUAUCAGCGCAGGACGACGAAUCGCCUCGUGCGCUGCGGUAUGUGUGUGAAGAGUCUUGCAGCCACGCUGCAUGCGCAUUGAAAUUUAAUCCCCCGCGGGAGCCAGCACACCGGCUGACUGCAAGACUCUCGAAACCCAUCCCAUAUAAAAACAGCGCACAAAGCUCGUCUUCAGCUCACUGUUCUUCGCCUCUUGCCAUUCUUCCCACCCUUCCAAAGCUUCCUUCUACUCCUAGCAAUGUCUGAAGUUCUCGGUGUUAUUGUCAUUGCACGAAACGGCGAUCGCGAGGAGUACUAUCAAGACCCGAAGACGUACGCCCCGGCGUUGACCGAUUCGACAGCUCUUGGUGUUAGCCAGCUUCAUCUUCUUGGCGAGCAACUCCGUGAGACGUAUCUCACCCCCGGGUCUUCUUCCUUCAUUUCGGAGAUCUCUCCCGAUCUCGUCGACACCGAGCAGGUGAAAGUCCGUGCGAAGGCAGGAGGCGAAGGUGCAGUUGUCUUCGACAGUGCCAUCGCGCUCCUUCAGGGACUGUUCCCGCCCAACCCCAAGAACAAGAUCACGCUCGCGAGUGGGACGACAGUCAGUGCUCCCCUAGGAGGAUACCAAUAUGUUCCCAUGGAAACUGUGGAGCCUGGCAACGACCGCUCCAUGGAAAGCUGGACAGAUUGCCCUAAUUUCCAAAAGCACAUUGCUGCUUUCCACUCUUCGGACGAGUUCAAGGCCAAGGCGAAGGAAGCUGCACCGUUCCUCGGCGAUCUCCACGACUUUGUUUUCGGACGGACUACCACUCUGGAGAACAUCUGGAAUAUUCACGAUUUCCUGAGCACGCAGCUUAUGUACAACCAGACGUUUGCUUACCGGCUCCCUCCCACGUAUAUUGAACAGGCUCGUGCGCUGGCCGACUGGCAUCAAGACGGUGUUUUUUCAGAUGAGCAGGCAGACGGCGUCGGAAACGUCGCCGGCCGUACCAUGAUGCAUACCAUUAUCAAUUCGUUGGAGCGGAUCGCAUUCAACGGAGACCCGCUCCAAUUCAUGGUGGUACAGACUACGUACCAGCCCUUCAUCUCUCUGUUCCACGGAACAGAAAUGAUCAAGGAAAACCCCGAACUCAAGGGAAUUCCCAACUUUGGCUCAGCGUUGGCGAUCGAGCUGCGUCGGGGUGCUCCGCCUGACUCGCGCGACUUCCUCCGUUUCAAAUUCAAGAACGGAACCAACGCUGCCGACGACUGGAAGCUCGUAUUCCCAUUCGGACAUCGAUCGGAUGUCCCGCUAACCGAGUUCAUCUACCGUGCCGAAGGCGCGGCGAUCUCCAGCAACAAGCAAUGGGCCCAAGUCUGCGGUGUCAGCAGCGCUGAGACCCAGCCCGCCCUCGCCGCUGCCAUCCAGACUGCGGCCGGCAAGACCAGUAUCCAGUUGGCCUUUGGCAUUAUGUCAUUCUUUGUCCUGUGCUUCGUUGCUGUCAUGGGCCUUCGCGCAAAGCUGGCCCGAAACCGGGCUCGCUACGUGAGACUUGCGGAGGAAAAUGAGACCCUUCAAACCUAUCGCUACGCUGACCAGAAGCCCAUGGAGAAGACGCGGCUGGUGUGAGUCAGCUUCCAGUCUCCAUCGAACGUUGAACGUUUCUGCACUGUCCCAUUACUGAUGGACAUUAUUUAUUCAAUUUAUGGCCCACAUACAUGUAACUAUACAUCCACGGGCAUCAAUGGAGAUCCCUUGUUAUCGUUUCCU